AUGGCGGCCAGCGUCAGCGAACUGCGUCCGACGCUUGAUGCUCAAGAUUUCGGUAUCCCACCAUAUGCUCUCGUGCUUCUGUUAUUUGCAUACUUGCUAGUGGUAGCGCUCGUUCGCUACCAACGCUUGCGAGAGACUGUUAAGAGACUUUCAUACGGCAGUCGCGAAUCCCUCACUUCAAUGACGCUUGAGGACGCGUUCUACAUUCAGCUAGACCUCGCCGAACUUGAAUUUCCUUUCACGUUCCACAAGGCCCUGCAAUUUGCCCUGUUUCGCACGUAUGGUAUCCCUUCAAUUUCAAAGCUACUUGUACAGACGUCUCAACUCUCGAAUCCCUUAUUGUCACCGAAGCGAUAUGUUGAUACCGAGGUGUUAGUUUCAGAAUUCUAUGGAUAUCAUCCUCAGAGUGACAGGGCUAUCGAAGCCAUCAGUCGCAUGAAUUUCAUCCACUCAACUUAUCGGAAGGCUGGAAAGAUCAGCAACAAUGACCUGCUCUACACAUUAUCGCUUUUUGCUUUGGAGCCGAUACGAUGGAUAAAUCGAUAUGAAUGGCGCCAGCUUGAAAGCUUCGAGAAGAAUGCUAUCGGUGUAUUUGCCAAGGCCUUGGGCGACGCAAUGUCUAUCGAAUACGAAGGCUGCUUGAAGAGUGCUAAAGAAGGAUGGGCAGAUGGGCUGCAGUGGCUUGACGAGGUGGAGGCGUGGGCUGAAGAGUACGAGAAAGCGAAGAUGGUACCAGAUGUCAAUAAUUUCGAUACAGCAGAGCAAACAGUGGGCAUACUGCUUUGGUAUGUGCCAGGCUGGGCCAAGGGGUUCGGGAAGAAGCUUGUCUGUACGCUUAUGGAUGACAGGCUGAGGACUGCCAUGGUGUGA